GGGAGGUGGCCAUUUUGAAUACACAACAAGUGCCCUAGACUGACUUCCUGUGUUUCUGAUGCGGACGACUCGGUUAGAGAGGGAAUAAGCUAGGCGAAAUGCCGGAACAAAUUACCGUUUCGGAGUUUCUCAGUGAAACAUGGGACGAUUACAAGUCCCCCACUACGUCCGCGUUCUCCAAGAGGAUGUCGCACUGUCGAAAUACAGUGUUAACUCUCGAAGAGAAGCUGGACAUGGACAGAAGUGGACUAAACAAAAUGAAGAAGUCAAUAAAAGCUCUGUACAACUCUGUAAAACGUCAUGUUGACAAUGAAGGAACACUCGCAGAAAACCUGGAUAAUCUCGGGCGGGGACGAGUCGACCAGGAGGUGGAAAUAAAUGAGGCCUUUUUUAAAUUCUCCACUGUGACAAAAGAAUUAGCUGGUAGUAUGAAUGAACUCGUGACGAAGUUGAACAGCAUGUUGCUGUAUCCCCUGGAUGCAUUCCUCAAAGGGGAUCUUAAAGGGGUCAAAGGGGACAUGAAGAAACCCUUUGACAAGGCUUGGAAAGACUAUGAAGCCAAAUUUGGCAAAAUUGAGAAGGAGAAGAAACAACAGGCCAAAGAAGCUCACAUGCACCGAGCGGAAGUGUGUGGGUCGGAGAUUGCUGAGGAAAUGGAGAAAGAGAGGAAGGUUUUCCAGCUACAGCUGUGUGAGUAUUUCCUGAAGGUGAAUGAGAUAAAGACGAAGAAGGGUGUUGACCUACUGCUCCAUCUAGUGGAUUAUUACCGCGCACUAACCACGUUUUAUCAGGAAGGCCUCAAAACAAUCAACCAUUUCCAGUCGUUUAUAGAAAAUCUUGUGAUCCAGCUAAACCAGAUAAAACAGCAACAGAACAAGGAACGACAACAACUGAUCGACCUCCGCGACUCCCUCAAGGAAACUAUGACAUCGUAUAAAGAGCCGACAUCAGCCACCAGCAAACCACACACAGGUUAUAGCCUGCACCAGCUCCAGGGGAACAAGGCACACGGCUGUGUACGGGACGGCUACCUGCUCAAGAAAAGUGAGGGGCGCAUCAAAAAAGUCUGGCAGAAACGCAAAUGUAUCAUUACAGGUGGACUCAUGUUCAUCAGCCACUCCGACGAAAGCAAAGACCCGGUGAAACUGAAUCUGCUUACUUGCCAAGUCAAGCUAGUCCCAGACGACUUGGUGAAAAGGUGUUUUGAUCUAGUCUCAAGCUCAAAUAACAGAACAUACCACUUCCAGGCUGACGAUGAUAAGAACAUGGAAGAGUGGAUUUCGGUGUUAAACAAUGCUAAGGAGGAGGUUCUGAUGCAGGCGUUCCAGAGCAAUAGCAACACUCCCGCGCUGAACCAGAGUGUACGGGAACUAACAGCCAGUAUUAUAGACCGAGUACGUCGGUUACCAGGCAACAACGUCUGCUGCGACUGUAGUGCACCAGAUCCUGAAUGGUUAUCCACAAACCUGGGUGUGCUGAUUUGUCUGGAGUGCUGUGGUAUCCACAGACAACUAGGUGUACAUAUUUCUAGGACCCAGAGUCUAGUUAUAGAUGAGCUGGGUACCUCACAGUUACUGAUAGCUAGAGUGGUUGGAAACGGGUAUUUUAAUGACAUACUAGAGGCCAAGUUAGAUCCUUCAACUAAACCAACAUUAUCUAGUCCAAUGGAUGAGAGACUUAAUUUCAUAAAGUCCAAAUACGAGGAGCACAAAUACGCAAUAAUCACAUGUACAUACAAGGAGGACCUCAAACAGGACCUGAAACAGGCGAUACUGACACACGACAUUAACGCCCUGCUCCAGGUGUAUGCCGAGGGAUUGGAUCUGAUGGCCAAUCUACCCGACUGUGAGAACGGUGAGACAGCCUUACACCUGGCCAUUGAGGAAGAGGAGGGCUAUCCACCUCAUAUUGUAGACUUUAUCAUCCAGAACUCCUCGCCAAACAGCCUGACCACAAAGACGUCGGAUGGUAAUACUGUAUUACACACGUGUGCCCUUGGCAACAAAUCCGAGUGUAUGAAACUGCUGCUGAGAACUAAACCAGAACUGGCUAACAUUGAAAAUGCUGAUGGCAAAACUGCUCUGGAUAUUGCCCAGGAGAACGACUUUCAACUCUGUACUGAUCUGUUAAAAGCUGCAAUUCAAGGAAGAAAGGAUGUUUUUGAGAAUGUCAACAUAGAUUGGGACCUUAUGUCAGAGGAGCCGUACUAUCCAGAACACUUCGACAGUGACGACGAUUUAGAGAAUACUCCAGAGAGAAAGCAGAGGUCAAGGCCUCCGAGUCUGAUAACUGGGCUGUCUGACCCCCAGGGGAGUCAGAAUGAUCUUUCAGGAAAUAGAGGUCCGUCUGCGGGACCUGGAUCUGUCCCAUAUACCUAUAGCAAGCCAAAGAAGUUUGUAAAUCAGCCGGGCAGUAAGCUUCGUAACAGUGUGCGGGGUUACACCCUUAGUAUCCACAACAAUACCGGGACCACAAACGGGGGUGGAGUUCAGACCACGCCCCCUGUAACCGAGACACAGGACUCCUCCUACUCUAAUGCUCCACCAUAUGUCCCGCCCCUGCCCCCGAGGAACAAAAAACAGCCAGCUGUCCCUGUAGGUAUAGGUCCCGGUCAUAGCCGGAACUCCUCGGAGCCGUUCUCUCAGAAACCAACACACAAGAGGACUCCGUCGGACCCACCUCCCAGACCUGCCCCACCUGAAUUCCGUGCGAUUGGGAUCGGGGCAGCAAGACCAACAAGUUACCGGACACGGACUCAAUCAACGAAUGAUGAAGACAGGGGACCAAUAACACCUCCUGUGAUACCGUCCAGACAGCCGGUGCCAGACAAGGAGACGCCUCCUAUACCAGUUCCACGCCCAAAGAAAAAGGUUCCCAUUGGUCUAAGAUGUCGUGCUCUGUUCGACUGUGAGGCUGACAACGAAGAUGAACUGACGUUUAAUGAAGGGGAGAUGAUUAUAGUUCUGAGGGAAGAGGAAGAUGAUUGGUGGGAAGGGGAGAUAGAGGGUAAUCCUGGGAGACGUGGUCUCUUCCCAAAGACGUUUGUCGAACCGCUCUCGGACCAAAGAUAACGAAGACUGAUAACUAGGGACCGCUGACGUGUGAUGACUGACUGAAGACACAGAGGCUCUGCAUCUAACUCGUGUGUCGUCUCUGGAACAUACAAGUCUGACUAAAUGUCAUUUAUGUUAAAUAAUAUUACCGGUAAUCAGAAUAAAUACCUACACAACUUACCACUCAUGAAAUAUAUCUACUCAACUUACCAUUCAUAAAAUAUAUCUAAACAACUUACCAUUCAUAAAAUAUAUCUACACAACUUACCAUUCAUAAAAUAUACCUACACAACUUACCACUCAUGAAAUAUAUCUACUCAACUUACCAUUCAUAAAAUAUAUCUACACAACUUACCAUUCUUAAAAUAUAGCUACACAACUUACCAUUUUUAAAAUAUAGCUACACAACUUACCAUUCGUAAAAGAUAUCUACACAACUUACCAUUCAUAAAAGAUAUCUACACAACUUACCACUCAUAAAAUAUCUACACAACUUACAAUUCAUAAAAUAUAUCUACACAACUUACCAUUCAUAAAAGAUAUCUACACAACUUACCAUUCAUAAAAGAUAUCUACACAACUUACUACUCAUAAAAGAUAUCUACACAACUUACCAUUCAUAAAAGAUAUCUACACAACUUACCAUUCAUAAAAGAUAUCUACACAACUUAACAUUCAUAAAAUAUAUCUACACAAGUUUCUUAUUUUGGAACUCUUCUGUCCUGGAGAUUCAUGUCAGAGGUCGGUAGCAUGUAUCCUUAAAUGUAGAUAGAUACACCUGUUUUAUGUAUACUGUGGAUUCUGAUGUAAUUCCACUUUGUAUAAUGUUUUGUUUAUAAUGAGAUUUAUGACAUGCGCCAACCUUAUGUUAACUUAAUGUUUAUUGUAACCAUUGAUUUCUUGGUAUCUGAGAUUAUCCUGUACAGGAAACAGGAGUAGGUUUGUCCUCAGGAAAUCAGCAUUAUUGGUUUCUGUUUCGACUACAAUAUAUUUACCUCUAUAUAAAAUGUAUGCAUGCAAUUAAAGCCCUAUAGCCAAAUUUCCUAAAAUCACUAAUGACCAUAUUUAUAGAAUUAAAUUGAGAUUGUUCAUUUCAUCAUCUGCAGUAUUGUUUAUAACUUAACCUAAGUGUUGAUUUCAUCAUCUGCAGUAUUGUUUAUAACUUAACCUAGUAUUGAUUUCAUCAUCUCCAGUAUUUGUUAAUAACUUAACCUAGUGUAGAU